AUGUGAUGUCAUCAAGCAGGCGGGCAUGCGCAUACUGAAUUGGAAUUGUGAGCAUGCGUGACGUGGGUCGCCCCUGGACGUAAGUGUUGACCCAGGUGUCUCAGAAGCUGGAUGUCUGACUGAAUCCUUCCUGCACAUGGAGCAAGGGAAUGAUCUCUCUUCUGUGUGACCACUAUUGGAUGGCCAGCUCAGAGGCACGUUUAUCAGUAAGAAUUCAAAACAAACAUUCCAUCAGGAUCAGAGAGUGAGUCAAUUCAUCAAGACUUGAAAUCCAUUAGAUUUUCAACGUUUAUCUUUUCUGUUUGUGGGAAAAGAUUUCAAACAUCGAUGUGACUGGAAAUGCACCAAGACGCAUCCACCCAAGUGAGUCUUUCAGUGAACUAACUGUGGACAGGUCUUGAACAUUUACACAGACUGAAUAACAUCACACGAUUGUCAGUGGGGAGAAACUGUAGCCCUGUCCUGUCAGGAGAGGAGAAGUCAGCUGAUCUUCACAUAUAGAGAGAUAUGGCAGACACCUGUCCUUUGGAGAAACCAUGGAAAUGUGCAGACUGUGGGAAAGGAUUCAGAUAUCCAUGCUUGCUGGAAGCCCAUCGACGCAGUCAUACAGGGGAAAGGCCAUACAGCUGCUCUGUUUGUGGGAAGGCAUUUGCUCAGUCAUCAGACCGUCUAAGACAUGAACGCACUCACACUGGGGCGAGGCCAUUCAUCUGCCCUGAAUGUGGGAAGGGAUUCAGUGAGUCAUCCAACCUGCAGACACAUCAGCGAGUUCACACCGGGGAGCGGCUAUUUAUUUGUUCUGUGUGUGGGAAGCGAUUCACCCAGUCAUCUGAACUUCUACGACAUGAAUACACUCACACUGGAGAGAGGCCAUACACUUGCUCUGUUUGUGGGAAGGGAUUUAUUCAGUCGUCUGACCUUCAUAAACAUGAACGCACUCACACUGGGGAGAGGCCAUACGCCUGCUCUGUUUGUGGGAAGGGAUUUACUCAGUCAUCUGACCUUCAGAAACAUGAAUGCACUCACACUGGGGAGAGGCCAUUUAUCUGCCCCGAGUGUGGGAAGGGAUUCAGUCAGUCAUCCAAUUUGUCCAGACAUCUGCGAUUUCAUUCAGGGGAGAAGCCAAUUAUUUGCUCUAAAUGUGGGAAGGGAUUCAGUGACUCGUCCAACCUGCUGACACAUGAGCGCAUUCACACUGGGGAGAAACCAUUCCCCUGCUCUGAAUGUGGGAAGGCAUUCUCUCAUUUAUCCAAACUCAAGGCACACCAACUGGUUCACAGUGAUGACAAACCUUUCAAAUGUUUGCACUGUGUGAAGAGCUUUAAAAGCAGAUAUGCAGUGCUAAUACACCAACGCAUUCAUACUGGAGAGAGACCAUUCCACUGCUCCGAAUGUGGAAAACGAUUUGUCCAUUCAAAAAACCUUCUGAAACACCAGCGAUUACAUACUGGUGACAAGUUGUUACCUGCACCCUCUGUAGGAAAGGACUUCCUCAGUCAUCUCACCUGGUGAAACACCAGCGAGUUCCGAAGUGACUGCAUCUGUUGCUGUUGUUGUCCUUAAUAAAAGUUUUUCUCACAUCACCUCUGCAUCUCUUUCCUAAAACCUUAACUAUAGCUUCCAUCAACGUUGGGCCACCAUUUCUUAUUUCUUUCCUUCAGCUAAACCUGUCAAAAACACAAAGCAUAGUGGCUAGAAGUGGACUCUAAUUGAGUCCUAGAGGCAGUUUGUCAAAAGGUCAGCAUAUUUUCCUUAUUUUUUCUGCUCGAUAUAUUUAGUUUAUGAAGUUCAAAGUUCCAAGUAUUUUACUCUGCUCUUUUGAUGUGACUUGUCACCCUUUUAGUGUCCCUCACCUUGAAACAGAAGCUCUGGUUUCAAGUCCCAUACCUGCUAUUAAGUUGUGCCAGAGCAGUUUGAUUAUUUUCUUAUUUUUUAAUUGAUUAUUGAACCAUAUCCACUGGGGUCUGUUUCUGCUGAAAGUAAUGAACUCCAGCUCAGUUAAAGAAAUCACUGGGUGGGUGGUGGUUGGGGGGGUGAGAGCACAUCUGUGUAAUCACUGCUUAUUUGGAAAAUGAGUUGAUUGAUUUGUAGAAUUCACAAACUACUUAAAAGUAAACCUGGAAGCUUGUUCUUUUCAGUCCCACUCAUACCUUGUAUUGAUCUGUGUGAAAAUCCUGUGUUCCCUUGUGAAAUAAAUCUGUAUCCAUUGGUUGCAGAAGCCUGUAUCCUAUUGUCUUUAUUAACCUGCAUUGUAGUUGCUGCUGUUUUGAUACUGCAGCUUUGUCUCUUUAUGGAUUUUAAAUUUGGGACCAGUUUGUGUGAAGUUAGGAAGUGGGGGAGGAGAGGGAUAGACAGAGGCAGUCUGGGCUAAAUUACUGAGCUGCUUUCUCUCACAUGUCCUCUCUCUAAUACCACAAAAAUGCCUCUUUCAGUGGUGCAAACAUGGGCAGUUGUACUCCCAAGUCGAAGGAGCUGAUAGGAUGAGCUGAAUGAUGGGUCAGACCUGAGGGUAUUUAAACUAGCUACUGGCAGCCAUAGUUCCUUUGCCAAGUGGAUGGUGCAGGAGUUGAGUAUUAGACUGUUUCUAUCUGUGUGAGAGAGAAUGAGUGUGGGUACUAUUGGAGUCUCAAUGCUAGUUAUGAUCCUUUAAACUCCCCUCCCUGAAGCAGACUGCAGGAGCAUUGUCCAUCCUUCUGUCGUGCCUGCCACACAGUAUGUUUUAACUCUUAUAUCCAGCAAAAGAACUGCGAGUCGACUCAAUAAUAAUGAACAGUAAUAUUCAUUUUAUUUGACACUAUUAAUUGUAUCACAACAAAAUACACUAUAAACUAAUGAUUGACACUACAA